AUGUUGCAUACUCUUAAGUUGCUUGCCUUGUUUUCUGUCAUGUUCACCACUACUACCACUUCAUCUACCGCACCGGAUCAAUCUACGUCAACUCCGACCACUGUCCCUAAAAUAACUAUUAACCCCAAUGCCACUACUUCAAAUACUGCAUCCCAUCAGCACCAACAAGAGCAGGAAAUGCUUUCCAGUUUCACUGUUCCCAAUCCUCCAGUUUCUACACAGCAACUGUCUGCGGUCGUUGCUGCUGAUAACAAUACUGAUAGUGAUUAUGAAAGACCCCGUACUUUAUGGAUGGGUGACUUAGAUCCAUGGUUAGACGAGCAGGGGAUCACUGACUUGUGGUGGAAUAUCCUUCAUAAACGAGUUGUGGUUAAGAUUAUCAAGCCUAAAUCGUCAAUUUCCAAUCUUGACCCUAAUUAUCAAGGGUUAACCAAUUCAGGAUAUUGUUUUGUUGAAUUUGAAACUUUUGAAGAUGCACAACAAGCACUCAGUUUAAAUGGUCAAUUAUUACCCGAUAUAGCCAUGCCUAGUCAGCAACAUUUCCCUAAUAAUCCUGAUAAUCAAAAGAAGUAUUUCCGGUUGAAUUGGGCUAGUGGUGCUACUUUAACAGCUCCAAUUAUUCAAACUCCAGAAUAUUCAUUAUUUGUAGGUGACUUAUCAGCAUCGACUACUGAAGCUCAUUUAUUGGCAUUUUUCCAAAAGAGUUUCCCCAACUCGAUCAAGACAGUGAGAGUAAUGACUGAUCCAAUCAGUGGGAAAUCCAGAUGCUUUGGAUUUGUUAGAUUUACCGAUGAGCUGGAAAGACAAAGGGCAUUGGUUGAGAUGAAUGGUGUUUGGUUUGCAGGAAGACCAUUGCGAGUUGCAUUGGCUACCCCUAGAACGAAUCCUAGAAACAAGUACGAAAUGAUGUUUAUCCCACCACCUCCUCCUCCUCCGCCUGGCUCUGGUCAAUUGCCUGGUCAACCGAUCUAUCCUCCAAAUUAUUAUACCCAAGCACAAUCUCAACAACAGCUGCAACUGCAACAGCCACUGCAUCAACAAUUACAACAACAAUAUGAUUUCCCUCAACAGGAUAUUGACGUUAAUCUUGACAUGAUGAUGAAAUCACCUCUAGCUCCCAUGCAUCACCAAUUGGCCCAGCCAUAUGCUGAUCCAACAAAUACUACGGUUUUUGUGGGAGGAUUACUGAGUGAAGUUAGCGAACCUACUCUUUUCACCCUUUUCAAACCAUUUGGUAUUAUUCAACAGGUGAAGAUCCCACCAGGGAAAAACUGUGGAUUUGUAAAAUAUACUACUCGUGAAGAAGCUGAAGAGGCAAUUGCAGCUAUGCAGGGUUUUAUCAUUGGUGGUAAUCGAGUGAGGUUAAGUUGGGGCAGAGUAUCACCCACAAAUAAAAAGUAUCAAUUACAACAACAGCAACAGCAACAACAGCAUCAACACCUUCAACAAUCCCAAGUUCAGCAACAAGCACAAGCUCAGGCUCAACAACAACAGAUGCAAGCUGCUGCUGCGUUUUCAAUGGGUAUCGAUCCGGGGCUUAUGGGAUACCCACCCGUUCCUGGCCCAGUACCACCUGGUCCUCCUCCCCCUCCAGGAACAAUUCCUGGAUCAGGACAAGUUCCUCCUCCUCCUCCGGGUGCCACUAUGGGAAUGAUGUUUCAGGAAAGCUCUAGUGGGGAAUACGAGUCGCGACUGAAUAUGUCUCCUCCGUUCUUCAUUCCCAUGCAUGGACCUCCGGGACAUGGUCCAGAUGCUAAUUUGGAUGAGGACAAAAAUGAAGAGCAACAAGAAGGUGAUCUGAAUAACGAGCAAGAUAAGAAGGAGGAACAUCAAGGAAAUGAUGAGGAGAAGUCUGGUGAUUCAGACGAGAAGAAACUGGACGAAGAGAAGAAGCAAUAG